AUGCCAACAGAAGCCCGUCCCUCUGCAAAGUCCUACAAGGGUGACACUCACACAACAGCUCUCUGGGCCCAGCUAAACUCUGCAUUGCAGAACGGCGCGCCCUUAGUCCGACUCCUGCCAUUGAACUACAACUCUUUGAUGCCUUCUUUUGGUUGCUACGAGCGCAUUCCUGUGACUGCGCAUGGAAUCAUACCAUACGUGUUACACGCAACCCUCGUCGAUGCUACCACCCAUCGAGAGAUUGAGUGUCUAGGAGAUGGGUUUACGCCUUCGAUGUGUGGAACCAAUCUCUCUUCUGCGAUCCUUGUACCCACGGACUGGGACAACUCAGAGUCCGGUAGCGCAGCAUUAUUUGCGUUUCCUGAUCUCGGCGUGCGCGCCGUUGGAGACCGACUGGUCCGACUCCAUUUCUUGCUCUUCAAAAUCCACACUCAAGGAUAUGAAAUUUGUUCCGAGCAAUACUCACCAGAGUUCAAGGUUGUAUCGAGUUCUUUCUAUCAAGGUGUUGAGGCUGCCACCUCUCUUACUCGUGCGCUCAACAGAGCUGCAGUUCGGGUGCGGCUAAGUAAGACUCCUCAUCGGACGCGGCACUCCGCUCGACGGUCUUCUUGGAUUGCCUCUCCCGCCAAUUCUACAACAAGUCCCUCGGCCUCUGAGUCCCCUCGUUCCGUAAUGCCGGCUUGGGUCAAAGAAGAACACGAGUCUACAUCCUCAGCUUCCCCUUCUCCUCUCGCCACUCCCAGCCCUCCAGCUACCAACCAGCUAUAUUUCCAACCAGUUCCACAGCGAGUUCAAACCAGCCGAAUCGCUCAGUGGAUGCUGUUGCAUUCGCAGAUGGUGGGGAAUAGUAACCGACUAUGCGUUCCUGACAACGGCUGUCAAACUGAGUAG